AUGGAGAGAAUGCCAGUUGAACUCCUGCGAAAUGUUCUGCAGGAGCUUGGCCCCUCUAGUCUCAAAAACGUGAGACUGGUGAGCAAGCGAUGUGCGGAACUGGCCACCCCCAUCUUGUUCAGCGUGAUCAAGCUCGUCGGCAAAGGGCACAUCUCCAAUCGCAUUGCUGACCCUCGGCGCUUACCAAAACGCUCCGUUGAGUUUGGAAAGCUGCAUGAGGCGAUUGCCGAAGUCCUGCCACUUGCCCGUAAUGCAGCGGGGCUGGUGUUUGCCCCGGCAGUUUACCGAGAAGGAUUCUGGGACGACUAUCGGACAUACUUAAAUCAGCAGAUAGAUGAACCCGUGGAAGAGGUUGAGAUGGACUAUUCUGAGGAUGGAGAUGAGGACGGAGGUGAUGACGGAGGUGAGGACGAGGAAGAUCGCUAUGAGGCCCGAAUUCAGCGCGUCAUCGCCAGAAGAGCAGCCCGGCCUGAGGUUGAAAGGGACCAGAUACAAGAAACCGAAGAGCACUGGAAUCUAAAGAGACAGGAGCAAGAGGCAAACAGCGAGAAAGUUGAAGCUUCUCUACUGGAGCUCAUCUCGUGCACAAACCUCAAAGAACUUGAAAUCCAAGCAUGGGAGUUUGCCGGCUUUGGAGCCGGCUUUGGAGGCCUCUGUUUCGAAAGCUUCGUUAUCGAUAGUUAUCGAAAAGUCUCAUCACCUACUGCUCAUCAUCUGCAUCUCAUUGCUCGCUGCCUUCACAAGUGCGGCCGCCAUAUUGAGAAGCUACACGUUCGUGCACUUAACCCAGAGAUGAUUCAGGAUUCGCUCGCUAUGCGUUUUGCGUUUGAAGGUCUUCGUCACAUUAGGCUCAAUCUAUACCAUGUGGACUCUCUUCUCGAGAAUUCAUCCUUUGACCACGCACUGCCUCACCUUCUCGAACAUGCCGGUCCCACUCUGGAACGCAUCGAAUUGGUAGCCGGCAGCAGAUGGCCUCGGCUUCCGAGCCGUGGUGUGCAUUUAUUGAGCAAGAUCUUCUACCAGAAAGAGACCAGCAAGACCCUAUCUUUCCCCAACCUCCGAUCCUUUCGACUCGUCUCUUUGAUCGUCAGCACCCCCUCCCUGUUGGAAUUUAUAACCGCUCAACCAAAGAUCGCCAAGCUUGAGUUUAGCUACGUGUAUCUGGCAACUUUAGGCAUGGGGUGGGAGUCUCUGGCCAGCGCCCUUCCUGCCUCUGUAGAGAUCUUGGAGGUAUCUGGUAGUCUCGGCCACGAACCUAUUGCAGGUUCUGAUGAUCCGAUUGCAUACAACUGGUGUGCUGAUUGGAAAUAUUCCGAGAAGCAGUUGCUUACUGAAAGUGGUUGGAAGGGGGAGGCUGUGGACUCAAUUCGAACUCAGUUCCGCAGGAUCGAGAAUUCCAGCAACGAAGAAUGA